UUUAUACCAUAUAAAUCUUAUGUCUUGAUUCCAACAUUAAAACCUUUGUCAUUGACCAGUUUUCCCGUUCGGUCGUCGGCUCACCGCUCCAAGACUCCCGCGAGACUCCUAAGAAGCAAAUUUGGGAAAACGUUGGAAAAAUCAAGGAAAGCAAGGAAAAGACGGAAAAAAUUAAAAAGCUCAAAGCAAGCCCUACUGUAUGUCAGUACCCCAAAUGGAUAAAGCCCAAGAAGUUGCACUGACCCGGAUGAAGGCAUCAGUUCAGAAGCUUGGUGGUUCUGCGGAGAGGUCUGGAGACCCAACAUUGAUGAGGUUCUUGAUUGCAAGAUCAAUGGACCCACAAAAGGCAGCAAAAAUGUUUGUACAGUGGCAGAAAUGGAGGGCUGCUUUUGUUCCAAAUGGGUUUAUUCCUGAAUCUCAAAUUCCAGAUGAAUUGGAAGCAAGAAAGACCUAUCUGCAGGGUUUAUCAAAAGAUGGUUAUCCAGUGUUGAUUUUCAAAGGAAGCAGGCAUUUUGCCUGUAAGGAUCAUCUCCAAUGCAAGAGAUUUGUGGUUUAUAUGCUGGACAAAGCUAUUGCAAGCUCGUUCAAAGGGUGCGAAAUAGGAAAUGAGAAGUUGAUUGUGAUUAUUGAUCUGCAGCAUCUCACGUAUAAGAACUUUGAUGCACGUGGUUUAGUCAAUGCAAUACAGAUUUUGCAGGCCUACUACCCAGAGCGUGUGGCAAAGUUGUUCUUUCUCCAUAUGCCACGUUUCUUUUCUAGUGUUUUGAAGAUGAUUACUCGCUACCUUGAGAAGGGAAUACGAGAGAAGAUUGUGAUAGUGAAGAAUGAAGAAAAAAGAGAAUUCGUAGAGGAAAUUGGUGAGGAGGCCUUACCGAAAGAUGAAGGUGGUCGAGCACAACUUGUAGCUAUCCAAGACGUUAUAGUGCCCCCGUGGAACGGUUGAUCCCCAAAAUAGACUACUAAAGGCGGCAGCCAGUGAUUUUGAAAAAGAAAAAUAAAAAAAAGCAGGCACCUAGUGCCACACGUAAAUUAUUAUAGAAUUGCUACCGGCAAAAGAAAAACAGAGGAAAAUGUGUAUUUUUUCUGAAUUUAAAAUUUGUCAAUUUGCUAUAUUGAUGUGGCGUAAUUUGAAUGUCUUUUAGUUAUUAUAUGGGAAGAAAAUAAUCUCUUUGCACGAGAUUUACUAAUAACUAAUUUUGUGUCUGCACAUGCAAAUUAAUCGAAGAUUUUUUUU